AGUUGUAUUUAAACAUUUAAUUCGAGCGGAUCGUGGAAUGGAUUUACUUUUUCUUAGCCAGCGCAUUUAUUUGGGCGACGGCAGCCACGAAACGCCCCUCAACGGCGGCAUUAUUGUGGACACGGGCGGUAUCAUUCGACGUGUGCUGCGCACGAAGCAGGAGGUGAACACGUAUCUAUAUAAUACAGAAUCGGAAGCUGUUUACGAUUUUGGCGAUCUGGUGCUCAUGCCGGGCUUGAUUGAUACGAAUGUGCACAUCAAUGAGCCGGGCGGCCGCACGGACUGGGAGGGAUUUGCGUCGGCGACGAAAGCGGCUGCCGCGGGCGGAUUCACGACCAUCAUAAAUCGACCCACUAAUGCCACGCCCCCCACAGUGAGUGUGCAGACGCUGAAGGCGAAAGCCUCGACCGCAUGCGGCAAGAUCUAUGUGGAUGUCGGCUUCUGGGGCGGCCUGGUGCCCGGCAACAUGGAGCAGCUGGGGCCGCAGCUGGCUGCCGGCGUCGUCGGACUACAGUGCACACUCUGCAACAGCGCCCAGCCUGUCGGCGAGGAAUUUGCAGCCAUCAACGAGUCGCAACUGGCCGAGGCACUGCAACAGCUAAACAAGGAGCAGGCAACGGAUGCGCUCAUAGCGUUCCAUGCCGAGCUGCCAGCAACAGAGUCGCUGCAGCUGCCAGAUGAAGCCGCAAGCAAAUGCUACAGCAGUUUUCUACGAUCGCGACCCACCAGCAUGGAGCUGUCGGCGGUGGAGCUCAUCUGUCGAGCUGCUGCAACGCAGCCCCAGCAUCGCUAUCACAUUAUGAAUCUAAGCUGCGCCGAGGCGUUGCCCAUGCUGGAGACGUGCCGGCGGCAGACGGGCGUGCAGCUGAGCGCCGAGACGUGCCCGCACUAUCUGGCGCUCGCUGCGGAGCAGGUGCCCGAUUGUGGCACCGAGUUCAAGACCUGGCCGCCCAUACGUGAGCAGGCCAAUCAGGCGGCGCUGUGGUCGGCGCUGCGGCAGCCAGACUCGACGCUGCAGCUCAUCGCCAGCGAUCACUCUUCGGCGACGCCCGGCGCACGGUGUCUGACCUAUGGCCGGGGACGGGGCAACUUCAUGAAUGCCUGGCCGGGCAUCAGCUCGCUGCAGUUGAGCCUGCCCGUGGUAUGGACACGCGCCAAGCAGACGGAACAGCCGCUCAGCCUGGCCGAGGUGCAUCGCCUGAUGUGCUGGCAGCCGGCGCAGCUGUGUGGCCUCGCCCGCUUCAAGGGAUGCAUUGCCGAGGGCUACGACGCCGACUUCUGCAUCUGGAAUCCCGACGAAGAGUUCACCGUCUCCGGCGAUCAGCUAUACGCGUCGCACAAAUCGCCCACGCCCUAUGCCGGCCAGAGGCUGAGCGGUGUGGUGCAUGCCACAGUGGUGCGCGGCCUACACGUCUACCAGCAAUACGAGGGCUUCGGCCAGCCCCUGGGCAAGGUGCUGCUGCGCAAGAGCAGCGCCAAGCUGGUCAAGUUUGUGCGGCUCUGAAAUGAAAGUUUGUUAAUUAAACCGAUUGUGUGC